GACGCUCAAUAUGUCCGACAAGGUUGUAUCUAGCGUAGCGCUAGAACCACCACAUGGUUCUGGAAGACGACUUGGCCCAUAUGUCCUGCUGGAGAAUGGAUAAUAGUUUGCCGUAUGAUACAUUCAUCAUCGGCCAUAUGCAAGCUUCUCGACGGCACCCUCGUGAGGCGAGUCCCGGCCGCUGGCGCCACUGAAAGAGCCAUUUGCAUAAAUACCACUGGAGACAAGCCUUGAAGACCAUCAAACAGUGACCCUUCCCCCCAACGAAUAGCCAUGCAGAUGAAAUUACCUCUCCUUGCUGCCGCCCUGUUCGUCUAUGUUGGCAGCACCAGAGCCGCCCUCCUCGGGCUGCACAAACGUGCACCAACGUGCGACGAAGGAGUCAGUUCCGAAUGCAAUUUCUUCGACAUUGACGCUUGUGUCGACGACCUUGUAGCAAAUGGCAUAUCCGAGGAUGAAGACGGACGUCAAACGUGCUCAGGUAACAUCAGGGGAACCGACUCCGAGUGCACCUGCUCGUGCGACUGUGGUGCCAGUGGGGCGUUCAAUAGUCGAGGCGACUUGAACGAUCUUUUUGAUGGCAUUGGGGACGCCUGCAUCAUCGACGCUGGCGGACAUCCAGGCGAUGACACCUAUCAGGGAACUAUUGGUGGUCGCAUAUCGUGUUCGCUCACCUGAGGUACUACGUUGUACGAACUAUAGGAUCAACCGUUGACGCGCUACGCGUUUGUACUGUACCUAGUCCAGAUACCGCAGACAUUAGUACAUGAUCUGAACAAAUGAUCACAUUUAUGAGCGUACGUGGACAUACA